UAUAUACAAGUAAGAGACGAGAGCAAAUGCAAACCAAAGGAAGGAGAAGAUGUUAAUGAUAAGGAAAAUAGAGCACAUCAAAGACAAAGAGAAGAAUUCUAUUCUAUUUUUUCUUUUAUUGGUAUUUUUCUUGGCUAGGGUCUGUUCUUCAUCGCCAUCCCCACCCAACCGGAGUGGGAAGAAGCAUUUUGUGUUGAUUCAUGGAGCUGGUCACGGAGCAUGGUCUUGGUAUAAGGUGGCAACUUUGUUGAAACAUUCAGGCCAUAAUGUCACAGCCCUAGACUUGGGAGCAUCUGGGAUAAACCCAAUUCAGGUGGAACAACUCCAUUCGAUGUCGCAAUAUGUUGAGCCGUUGACGAAGCUCAUGGUGUCUUUGCCACCAACGGAGAGGGUCAUUCUUGUGGCUCACAGCAUCACUGGGGCUGUUAUAUCUAUUUUCAUGGAGAGGUUCCCUGAGAAAAUUGUUGCUGGGGUUUAUGCCACGGCUUUCAUGUCUGGUCUUGGUUUGAGUUAUUCAACUAUAUUUGCAGAGAUUAACAAAAGAUUGGACUAUAUGGACACUCAAUAUAGAUAUGACAAUGGACCCAAAAAUCCUGCAACCUCCUUUCGCUUUGGGCCCAAGGUCAUGGCGUCAAACUUUUAUCAGCUCUCGCCACCAGAGGAUUUAACACUAGGUUACUCGUUGGUAAGAUUUUCUCCCGUUUUCGAUUUUGAUCAAAUAAAGCUCACCAAAGAGAAUUAUGGAUCGGUUCCUAGAGUAUUCAUUGUGGCCGAGCAAGACCAUGCAAUAGUGUUGGAUGUGCAAAAUUUUAUGAUCAAGAACAAUCCGCCAGAUGAAGUCAAAGUGAUUAAGGGUUCUGAUCACAUGGUCAUGCUCUCUAGACCAGUAGAGCUCUUCUCCGACCUCCAAGACAUUGCUGAGAAAUAUUCUUGAAAAUGAUUCGGUACAACUCGUGUUAAUUUAAAAACGGAAGAAAAUUAAAGAAGUUGCUAUUGAGAUGGAGACCAUCAUUAAAAUAAAAUAAAUAAACAUUUGCCAUUACCUUUUUCUAGCGUCAAUUUUCAAGCCCAGCAGCUUGAUGUCAAAUUCAUCCACAAUGAAUUUAAUUCAUCGGUUGAAGAUGCUCUUAAUGAUAAGUUGCUCAAAUUACAUAUA